UGAGUGUGUGUGUUUUUUUUGUGGUGGAUGAGAAUCAACAGUGGAGGCUGAGGGGGAAAAAAAAGAGUGUGACUAUAUGCUAGCGAGGUAAAGACGAGAGGUUCCCCGACAGCAAGACAAAAAAAAAAGAUCAAGAGGAAGAAAGGGGCUGGCAAACCAGGAUCUGAAUUCCCCCCUCUGAUAUAUACAUAUAUAUAUAGACAUAUAACAAAUACAAGAGCGAAGACGAGGAAUACGACGAGGAACCCCUUCCAGCAAGCAGUAUCGCCAUCUCCUGCACUCCGAGCCACUGCUGUGUCUUCCUUACGAUGGGAAACGCUGCUACCGCCAAGAAAGGCAACGAGCUGGAGAGCGAGACUUUUGUGAAAGAGUUCUUAGCCAAAGCCAAAGAAGAUUUCUUACGAAAAUGGGAAUGUCCACCACAGAGCACGGCUGGUCUAGAUGACUUUGAGAGGCAAAAAACCCUCGGCACAGGCUCUUUCGGAAGAGUUAUGUUGGUAAAACAUAAAGGAGCAGAGCAGUACUAUGCCAUGAAGAUACUGGACAAGCAGAAGGUUGUAAAGCUGAAGCAGAUAGAACACACAUUAAAUGAAAAGAGAAUAUUGCAGGCUGUGUCCUUUCCAUUUCUUGUAAGGUUGGAGUAUGCCUUUAAGGAUAACUCUAAUUUGUAUAUGGUGAUGGAGUAUGUUCCAGGAGGAGAAAUGUUUUCACAUCUUAGAAGAAUUGGAAGGUUUAGUGAACCUCAUGCACGAUUUUAUGCAGCUCAGAUAGUACUGACAUUUGAGUACCUCCAUUCACUAGACCUCAUCUACAGAGAUCUGAAACCUGAAAACCUUUUAAUCGAUCAACAUGGGUACAUCCAGGUCACAGAUUUUGGCUUUGCCAAAAGAGUAAAGGGCAGGACUUGGACAUUGUGUGGAACUCCAGAAUAUCUGGCACCAGAGAUUAUCCUCAGCAAGGGCUACAACAAAGCUGUGGACUGGUGGGCAUUAGGGGUUCUAAUCUAUGAAAUGGCAGCUGGCUAUCCUCCAUUCUUCGCAGAUCAGCCUAUUCAGAUAUAUGAAAAAAUUGUCUCUGGCAAGGUACGAUUCCCGUCUCACUUCAGCUCAGACUUGAAAGACCUUCUGAGGAAUUUGCUUCAGGUAGACCUGACCAAACGGUAUGGCAAUCUGAAGAAUGGUGUAAAUGACAUUAAAAACCACAAGUGGUUUGCCACAACGGAUUGGAUUGCCAUCUAUGAGAGAAAGGUGGAAGCUCCUUUCAUACCAAAAUGCAGAGGCCCUGGCGAUACAAGCAACUUUGACGACUAUGAAGAGGAGGACAUCCGUGUCUCUGUUACAGAAAAAUGUGCAAAAGAGUUUUCAGAAUUUUAGAGUGUGAGAGUGAGGUUGCAUCAGGGCUCGUAUAUGGGAUCUUUGCACUCUGCUAAGAGAUGGGGUGGAGCUGAGACCAUCAUAUUUGUUCAAACAAUACCUAGUUCCUUCAUUCCACAAGGCUGAAUGAGGUCCUUAUUGCCAUGAUCCUUGUGUGCAGUUAGCACUAACUCUCAUACACAGGCACAUUUAAGCAGUCACUCCUUGUGCUGCCACACAACUAGACCACUUUCUUAUCCUUUCUUUUCUCUUUUUUGAGUUUCAAAGCAGUCGUCUUUGUCUUGAAUGUUGUAUCUCCCCCUUUUUUUACAAAGUGGUAUUUUACAGAAAAAGUCAAAAGACAAAAUCGGUAAUACACACCCUUUGAUUUUGACGUGUAAUGAUUAAGUGAUCAGUUGUACCAGGAGAUGUCGGAAUUGGUGUGUGAUUCAGGUCAACUUGAAAGAUAGGUGUUGCUUCUAGUGUGUGCCAUCUAACAGUUUUUGUCUGUUACAUGUCUGAGACUUUUUAAGAAGAGUUGCAAGCUGAAAAAUCUUUUUGCUCAGACUAGAAUCUAGACAACUUUUUUUCGGCAUCUUUCGGAAGUAGUACUUGUUCUUCGUGUGUAUCUGUACAUCAAUCAAAUAAGGUUUCGAACACCUUGCGUGUUCAAAGCAUGACCAAAAUUAGAAUUCAAUGAAUGGUAGAACCAGGUGGACAAUGCCCUUUGCCCUCUGCCCUUUGUCCUUUUCUCCUGAAUUCAGUACCACUAACCCCACGACUUUUUCUUUCUUCUCUGAAGCGGUGUUCUUGCCAUUGUACAGCUGCAUACUGCUGAGAGUGGCAAACCUAAUUACAAAAGCAGAAGACCCUCAAAACUAGAUAGGUCUUUGUAUCAUUUCUAGCGAUGUUUUUACCAGUCUGUCAACUCUUAGAUAGUUGUCUUUAAACUCCUGUUUUCCAUGUAUUAAAAUGUUUUUGGCAAUUAAAGCUAGAAAAUGAGACACAAGAAAACGAGAAAAUUUGAGGGACGUAAAAGAAUUAAGACCCCUUAAAUUGAUAUCCUUCUGCAUCACUGUAUUGCUCCACUAUUAGGUAUGUUCAAAUUAAAAGGAAUAAUAUUUGCAAAAAACCUCUAUUUGGAGUGAAUUGCUAAAGUGAAUGGUCCAUUGUUUGGUAUAAAGUGUACGAAAAGGUUAUCUGCCAAGUUUUGCCUGUGGCACAGUGUUGGUAAAACUGGACUGGGCAUGUGCAUUAACAGUUUUCACUCCAUUAUGAGUUUUUAAUGCUUACGUCGUUUUGCAAAGUUCUCAAAAGAGAUCUGUAAAACUGCCAUAUUUCUACGUUUUCCAUUUUUACUCUUGCAUUUCUGUCUUGGUUUAUUUCAUUCUUAUGACAGAAUGUAGAAUUGCAACUAGUAGCUAUGUAUAUUAUUUUUGCUUGAUUUUAAGUUAUAUUCACACACCAACUAAAACAAUUUCAAAAGCUGAUGUGUGCAAGCUUCAGCACCUUUCUAUCACGUUUAAUUCAGUCUGUCAAAACUCAUUUCAUCAGACACAUUUGCGUUUUCAUAUAUAUUUGUUUUUAUUUAUACACGUAUUAGGGAAAGAUGCUGUCUAAUAAAUUUAAUUUUGAACGGUUAAAAAUGGCAUAGUUUUUGCUGUCUUUGGAAGAUCCAUUUUAAUACUGUAAGUGUGAAAUAAUAUGGUUUAAACAUGAAACAGACACACAUCAGUAUCUAGCCAUCAUACUCGUUGGUGUGUCAGUGAGUGUUACAUCACUGAUAGCACUUCCUCCUAAGCUAUGUGACACUCCUGGAAAUAAAUCUCCUUUGUAGUCAUCUUACAUUACCAGUAUGGGCUCUACUAUCAAUUCUCUAUGUAUUUAGUUUCUUGGAUAUUUUGCACAACAAUGUCAUUAGAAGGCUGACACUGACAGCAGUUUUUGUCCACCCAUAUUUACUUGUAUGUGCAAGGGAAGUAUAAGAUACUUUGCUGUAGCAGAUUUUAUGUAACAAAAGAUAUAUACGUCACAUUAAUAAAUUUUAAAAAAAUCCUUUGUAUGAAAAUGUUAAAAUCUUUUGUAUUUCAUUUAGACUGAGGACAUGCUGUUGUAUGCUAGCUGUAUGCGAUAAAUUCUACAGUAACUUUGUUGUCGUUUAUGGACAUAAAGAUUUUAAUAAACGCUGGAGAUCACAUUUCC